AUGUCUCGGGUGAAGACAGUGCCACAUGCCGUAGCUGUGGGCCUGGUCUUCCUGCAGGUGCUGGGCAUUCUGGCGCGCGCGCCACUCAACUGGCCGGAGCCGCCCGUGCAGCAAAUUCUGGAUGCAGCCAACGUGGCUAAUGUUCAGCUGAGUCUGUUUGCCACUGAUUGCACCGUCAAGUCGUUCCUCGUGCGGUACAUGAUGUCUCUUGCGCUGCCACUGGUUCUAGCGGUGGUGCUUGUGAUGCUUGUGUGUGCUGUCAAGAUGGUUCCCGGACUCAUGGCGUGCUGCAUUCCGCGUGCCGCGAUGACACACGUGCCACUGCAGGCCGUGAUGGAGCGGCUGGUGGUCGUAUUUGGGCCACUGGUGUACAUUCCGCUCUCGCGCUCGGUGCUGGUCUUCUUUGAUUGCUCACAGCUGCCGAACAAUAGCUACGUACUCGAUGCAGAUACAUCGGUCCAGUGUUUUGGCGACGAGUGGUUGUCAGUUCUGCCGCUUGCGCUAGUCGGCCUUGUCGUGUAUGUGGCGGCUAUGCCGGUGUUCUUUGCGGUCCGGCUAUGGCGGAGGCGGCAUCGAUUGGAUGAUCCGGAUGUAUUGCUUAGACUCGGCUCCAUUUACAACAUCUACCUUCGCAAGUGGUACUGGUACGAGGUGGCGCAGCUGAUCAAGCGGCUGGGGUUUGUCUCGACAGCGCUGUUCUUCUCAAACAUCCUGGUGUGGCUCUUUGGAGGCCUCAUCGCUGUCUUUGGCGCAUCGGCUGUGUUUGUGCUCAAGUACAAACCGUUCCACCUGCCGAAGCAUAAUACGCUGGAGAUGAAGCUCGACGUGUGUGUGCUCAUCCUUGUGUGCUCCGGCAUGCUCUUUGUGCUUGACGACCACUCACGCGGCUCGUUUGUGGCAAUCGUCGUCAUUGUGGUCGCCACCAUGGCCUACGCCCUAGGCUCCAUCAUCACUGCUGGCGUGCACGAGAUUGGUGAGCGCAUUCGUGACCGCCACCGCGUCAGUGCGGCCCACCCAAUCAACGCUGCUCAUGACGAGGCACUUGUCCGCCACCUCGCCAUGCAUUUGCCGGACGUCAGAUCACGAUCUCUACGCGAACAACUCGGCGAGGUUCUGCCACACUCCUACUAUGACUCGCCCAACACCAGCAUCGCACUUGCACCUGUCGACGCCACCAUGCGCGUCGACCACGAUUCGAUGAGCUCGAGCUCGCGAUCGGGCUCGGACUGGGGCUCCAGCACGCGAUCGGAGUCGAGAAACUUGUCAAGCAAGUCGGGCCCGUCGCCAGCCACCAGCAACGACUCGCCGUCAGAGUCGCUGGUGUGUUCGGCGUCUGUCGACCUGUCGGACAUGCCACAUUCUGCCGUGCUAUCCACGCGCAUGAGCAACAGAUCAGGUAUGGGUGGCGAUGGCUCGAGAAGUUCACUGCGUGGCUCCAAGACGCGUAACCAGAGUCACGUUGGGCAGCGACGCAACUCGCGGCGGUGA